AUGCUGAUUGGUUGGUGCAUAAAUUCAUUGGUUGAUAUAUUUACAAUUAGAUUGGUUAAUACAAGCAUUAAAAAGUAUCCUUUGCGGAGUAUAUACAUGAGAUUCAAUAUAGAGCACUUUCUAUUUAUAAGUAUUUUUGUUAUGGUUGUGUUUUCUAUUUCUGCAGUUAUUUCUGAUACAACCGCCACCCCUGCACCUUCUGCUGCACCAACUGCCAAUAACAACACACCAAGCAACCAAGAUGAAAAUAAUUCUUCAAAAAAGAAAUAAUGUAGAAAGGAUUUCUCUGUACAUAAAUAGAGAUGGAUUAGACUAUAUAUAGUCUAUGUUGCUAUAGUCUUUAGAUUGAAUAUUUUUAAUACCUUCAUUAUUGAGUUUUCUAUUACUGGCAUUAAGAGUUAACAAGGUUUUAAAGAGAUUCUUGCCACACCCCGGU